UUUCUCACUCUUUUCCUGUGGGGAGCUCCUCUAUGGAGACGUGAUCUCUGACUUGGUGAGUAAAUGUUGAGCAGGCCUACAGCUGAUCUUCUCCACUGUUUCAGGACAACUGUAUUUCUCCUGAAGUGUCCUUUCUCUUCCUGCUGUUCUUUUCCUGCCCCCUUUGGUAUCACCAGCCCCGCAGGAGCUUAUGAGCAAGAAGAGCCUCUGGAGUCAGGACAGGAAAAAGUCAGAAGAGGUUGGUCAUGGAUUUUUCAUCACAAGAGAGCAUAAAUGCAGUGACCUGCCCUAUCUGCCAGGAGCUCCUGACAGAACCCAUGAGCUUGGACUGUGGCCACAGCUUCUGCCAAGCCUGUAUCACUGCAGAGAGUGAAUCAGGGAGUCCCCUAGGAUUGGAAUGCUGUUGUCCUGUUUGCCAGAGCAGAUACCAGCCUUGGAACCUCCAGUUUAAUUGGCAGCUGGCAGAGAGAGUGAAUAAAUUCAGGGGUGUGGAUCUGAAUUCACACAAGCCAAGGAGGAGAGAUCUCUGUGAACACCAUGGGGAAAAUUAUGAUAUUUUCUGUAAGGAUGAUGAGAAGGCUAUUUGCAGGCUUUGUGUCCAGGAGCACCAAGGUCACCAAAUGUCUCCCAUCGUGGAGGUGGUCAAGGAAUAUCAGGAGAAGCUCCAGGAAGCUCUGAAGAAGCUGUCACAGGAGCAGCAGGAAGCUGAGCAAUUGGAAGCUGACAUCAAUGAAGAGAGAAUUACCUGGGUGAAACUUAUACAGACAGAGAGAGAGAGGAUUCUGCAAGGGUUUGAGCAAAUGAGAGGCAUCCUGGACAAAGAGGAGCAGAGGGAGCUGCAAAAGCUGGAGGAAGAUGAAGUGAAUGUGAAUGAGCUCACCUCAGAUCUCCAGCCUCAUAUGCCUGAAUCUGUAGAGGCUAUAGACAUGCCUCAGGAUGUGAUUAACGUCUUAAGAAGGACUGAGAUUGACACCUUGAACAAGCCAAAAAUUGUUUCCAACAAAGCGAAGAGUGCAUUCCGAUUUUCAGAUCUCACUGGGAUGCUGCAAAUGUUUAAAGAGCUGACAGAAGUCCAAAGCUACUGGGUGGACUUGAUGCUGAAUCCACUCGAUGCUGUUUCGAAUGUUGUGAUUUCUGCGGAUCAGAGACAAGUGACAGUUGGGCAACAUUCUAUGUCUAGUAAUGUAUAUCCAUGUAAUCCAUGUAAUUUUUCUGCUUUUGAUGUUGUGGGCAACCAACAUUUCUCUUCGGGGAAAUAUUACUGGGAAGUUGAUGUGUCUGGGAAGAUUGCCUGGAUCCUGGGGGUAUACAGUACAGCAAGUAACCUCAACAGAAAAAAAAGCUCUGGGUUUGUUUUUAACCCAAAUGUAAAUGAUUCAAAUGCUUACUCCAGGUUCAGACCUGAAAAUGGCUUCUGGGUUAUAGGCUUACAGAAUGAAUCUGAGUACACUGCCUUUGAGGACUCUCCCACCUCAGAUCCCAAGGUCCUGACUCUUUACAUGGCUGUUCCUCCCCAUCGAGUUGGGGUUUUCCUAGACUACGAAGCAGGCACUGUCUCAUUUUUUAAUGUCACAAACCAAGGGUCACUCAUCUACAAGUUCUCUAAAUGUCAGUUUUCUCAGACAGCUUAUCCAUAUUUCAAUCCUUGGAACUGUCCAGUUCCCAUGACCCUGUGCCCACCUGGCUCCUGAGCCCUCUCCUUCCCUCACCCACUCCUGCAUAGCAACUUGUCCUGGGGCUCACCUCCUGCCCCUGAACUCACUGCUGCAUUCACACCAUCUGUUCUUUGCUGUCUACCUUCUUCAGAACUCUUAGUCAUUUUGGGGAUUUGCAGUUUCUAAUGUAAGUUAGACGGGAAGCUUAUUUGCUCAUUUACCAUUUUCUGUAUUCUCAGUGAGAGACAUCUAAUCCCUCCUAAAGACAGGGCAGUAUUGGUGUAACAUCUCUGAACUCCCAUUUCUCCAUAUUUUUGUUUAUCACUGAUCUGAAGAGACAUGAAUCACCAGUGUCCACCAACCAUGAUCUCAGGACAACACACAAUCAGCCCACCCACCCUCAUCAACUAAGGAGUAUCUGAGUGUGUGUCUGUGUGUUGCCCAGCAUGCAGCAGCAGGCUGUUCAGAGGGCUGAGAAAAAAAAAAAACUAAAAACAAAAAUAAUAUAUGUAUCCAGAAUAAAAACUUUAUGUUCCAAAUUUCUUAGUUCAAAUCCUGUCUCUUGUCACAAAUGGUGUGUAACAAUCAAUAAAUUUUUGUUUCUUCUCAUAAAAUACAAAUUGUAAUUUAAACUAUACCUAACCUUGAAGAUGGCUGUGUAAAACUAACCUCCCCUGAAUGUAAAGCUCCUAUAUAUGUGUCCAGCACAAUUAUAGUAAAUAUUUGCUGUAAUGUCACUGAGAAGCAUAAGCUGAGGUAACCUGUGCAACAGGUCUGUGCUCUUCAGAGGAGCAGUAAGUACUUCUGUAGCAGCCUCAUUUGUCAGGUUCCAGGUUCUGCUGUCAAGACUAGUCCAGUCCCAGUCUUCAGCUAGAGACCUUUUUACACCCAGACUGGGACUGUGUUAAGGCCCUUUCUUGGAAAUGGGUCAGAAAAUGCAAAGUAUGAGUUUCUAAGACCCGUCUAGCAGAGGAAACCAUGUUUGAGGACAGCUAUUCUUUUAGGGGCAGGCUUUUGGUUUUCAGGACUUUUUCUUACAGUGAAACAUCUGAGUAUAACACCCUAUAGACCAUCCCAUGCACUUUUCUCUUCCUUACUUUUAAAAGCAGUUUCAAAUUAUGUUGAGGAAUAGAUUUGUCCAGGAUAGGAAAGGAACAAACUUUUCUUAGGAAAGCACACAUUAUAAAUGAGGACCAGCUACUGCACAGAACCCACAUCAACAUGUAGAAGAGUAAUUAUUUAUCCCAGUGGGAUAAAAAAGAUGGUACUUGUCUGGGAAAAAUGUGUCCAUGUAAAUUUAUACUUGUACACACAUAUAUAUACAACACAUGGCUAUAUACAUUAUUGUAUAUACAUAUAAAUAUAUAGGGAGUACCUUAAUCUAAGUUAAUUUUUUAAAACAUCGUAAAAGAAAUAAUUCUUUAUCAGGGAGUUAAAAAAUUUACAAACUUAAGAGGUAUGUUCAAAUAUUCUAUAGCUAAUGAGUGGAGGAGCCAAGUUUGGAACCAGAUCUGUGUUUCUCCAGCACAGGUACCCUUUCUGCUGUUAACUCCUUAGGAAAGGUAAGAGCCAAAUUCCCUAGGAUGUGGAGUGGAAGGGAAAACCCAGGAGAUGCUGAUUUAUAGAAGGAGCUUGGAGAAUCAUGGGAAAAUCUUAGGGGCAAAGAAUAUUGAUUGUCGUGUUCAAUCCACAUAGCCAUUAAUAAAGCAGGGGCUGCUCAGUAUAAGUACCGUUGAAUACUUAAUGACCAGGGUGCUCAUGCAUGUGACACGUUGUAGAGCGAACACUGUACACAGUUGACCCUUGACUUUGAAAUCUGGUGAAACUUCAUAAUCAUACUGAUAUUGCUACUCACUGGUCUAUAUCAAAUUAAAAUAAAUUGGAUUCAGUACCUCAUUAGAAAUAAAAAAAAUACUAAGAAUAACAAUUGAAGGUCAGGGGGAUUGAAAUAUAGAAUGUUUGCACCAAUUUCUCAUUUGCUAGCAUAUACACACUGGUCCAGAUUGGUGUCAAUUUUUUCGCUCUGUAAUUUGAAAUAGUGACUGUUAAAAUUAAUAUUAAUCUACUUCAAAUUGUAAUGAUUUUGUAAUGCUUUGAAAUAGAAUAACUUGAUUAAAGAAGUACAUCAUUUUAAUCUCAUCUCUUUGCAUAAAAAUAUAUAUAUUUUAAAUUUUCUAAUAUAUUUUAACUUACACUUUUCUUGUGUACAGUGCAUUCCAGAUUGUAUAUAAUUGCUUUUCUCAAAACAUUCUAUGUGAAUUUACUAUUUAAUAUCUGCUAUCAAUCACAUUGCCUUUUUUAUUGUGGUAAAAAACACUUAAUGUGGGAUGUAACCACUUACAUUUUAAGUCAUUGCAGUUCACCAAGUUUAAAGUUUCAGUUAGGCAAAAUUAAUACAUUCUACAAAGCUACUAAUAACAUUUUGCCUGUAGUUACCUUUACUUAUUGUACAUUUAGUAAUUAUUUUUUAUUAUUAAAUAAACUUUUAUGUUUUGUAUCUACCUUCUCUUUUAUUUGAAGUACUGGAAUAGUUUUUUUUUUAAUCUAAGUGAAUACACUAGAUAUAUGUUGAUUUGUCAUUCUUUUCUAAUUACAUAGUAAUUCUCUUUUCUAAUGAAAGCCUUUUCUCUGUUUGUCCAGAUAUAUGUCCAUGUUUCAGGUGUUGAUUCCCAGAAUGACUUACAGUGAUAGAGGCAGGGUCAGAGGCUCUGUAUGGGCUCCCUCAGCAAUGACAUAUGAAGGUCAAUGUUUCCUUUUCCUGGUUAACCUCACUCUUUCCAGGGAGCUGAAAGGCUUAACUUGUCCUCAGGAGUGAGAAAAGCACAGGAGUGAGUAUUCCUGCAGCACGGGGUGUUGUCAUCAUAUUUUUGGCAUUUCAGUUCCCAUGAUUCCCAACCUACUUAUUAGGCAAGAGAAGUAGAAAUAAUGGGCUACUUGUCUAGUGGAUGCUCUGAUCCCUGUCUUAAAAGAAGCUUUUUAGUUCUCAUUUCUAGAAGAAAUGUGGGAAGUGGGAGAGGGAUUCAAAGACAGAUAAUAGAUAUGUCCAGUCUCUCUCUUUCCCUCUCCCUCUCUCUUCCUCACUCUCUCUGUCUCUCUCAACACACAUACACACAGCCACACAAUCCUCUCUCAUAGACAGUGGGGGAAACUGAUUCUUAUUUAUAGUUCCUUUGACCUCUACUUUCCUGUCAUCCUGUUGCCACAAUGGCUGAAGCUUUAACUCAUGAAGAAGCACCUGUACACUGUGGAUUUAUACAGCAAGUAUCUCUCCAAGGAUACUCAUGGCUUUGUGUUCCCUGGAAUGUCCAGGUUUCCAGUUCAAAUGUGAAACAACUUACAGAAAAAGCACCUGAGUUAUCAAACACAAAGGAAAAGUUGUUCACACUAAGACAGCUUUAAAA